AGGUUCUUUCUGCGGGUUCUAGUGUUCCAGGGAGCGCGUCCCCCGCGGUCCGGCUCCAUGGAGACCCCCAGAGACCUGGUGGAGCGUCCGUCCAGGAAGCGCCGGGACUCCUUCGGGAUGCUGGACGGCCUGGAGGAGGAGCGGAGCAGCUGCAGCACCGAGUCCAGCGGGGGGAGCGGAGCCUCCACCCCCGAGGACAGCGAGGAGGAGGAGCUGGGGGGCGGAGGAGGGGGGGGGACUCACCUCACCCCCUCCUCCUCCUUGACGCUCAUCAAGACCAACGGACAGGUGUACACCUACCCCGACGGGAAGACCGGCAUGGCCACCUGUGAGAUGUGUGGCAUGGUGGGCGUCAGAGAUGCUUUCUACAGUAAAACCAAACGUUUCUGCAGCGUCUCCUGCUCCAGAAGCUUCUCGUCCAACUCCAAGAAGGCCAGCAUCCUCGCCAGACUGCAGGGGAAGCCUCCCACUAAGAAGGCCAAGGUCCUGCAGAAACAGCCUCUGAUGACCAAACUUGCUGUGUUCGCUCAGCAUCAAGCCCACCAGAGUGGAGUGAAGAGGAGCGUAACUGUGGAGUUGUUUGAUUGGGGUCGUUACCUUGGAGACGGAGAAGUGACGGGAGCUCCAGUUAGCUGCUUCAAACAUGUCCCCAUGGGGACGUCGUGGGGAGACAUCAGUGAAGGCGUUCGGGUGGAAGUCACAAACACUGACAGCGUUCUGCCCAUGAAGGUCUACUGGAUCGCUGGCAUCAUCAAACUGGCUGGUUUUAAGGCCCUGAUGCGGUACGAGGGUUUCGACAGCGACCCCACCAGAGAUUUCUGGUUGAACCUGUGUGUUCCGGACAUCCACCCGGUGGGCUGGUGUGCUGCUGGAGGGAAACCUCUGGUGCCCCCCCAGACCAUCCUCCACCGGUUCACCAACUGGAAGACCUUCCUCGUCAAAAGACUGACGGGAUCCAAAACGCUGCCGCCGGACUUCCCCUCCAAGGUGCAGGAGAGUAUGAAGGUCCCCUUUAAGAAGCAGAUGCGGGUGGAGGUGGUGGAUAAAACCCACCUGUGUCGGACUCGUGUGGCUCUGGUUGAACAGGUGAUCGGCGGUCGCCUCCGUCUGGUGUACGAGGAGUGUGACGACGGCUCCGACGACUUCUGGUGUCACAUGUACAGUCCUCUGAUCCACAGCAUCGGAUGGUCCCGGUCCAUCGGACACCGGUUCAAACGAUCCGAUGUGUCGAAGAAGCUGAGCGCUCAGACAGACGCUCCUGGACAGCUGUUUCGCAAGGUGAAGGAGGUGAAUCAGAGCGGUUCCUGGUUCGAGGACGGGAUGAAGCUGGAGGCCAUCGACCAUCUGAACCUGUCGGCCAUCUGCGUGGCCACAGUGAGGAAGGUGCUGGCAGACGGGUAUCUGAUGAUCGGUAUCGACGGUUCGGAGGCGGCUGACGGUUCAGACUGGUUCUGUUAUCACUCCACCUCUCCCUCCAUCUUCCCCUCCGGCUUCUGUGAGAUCAACAACAUCGAGCUGACGCCCCCCAGAGGGUACACCAGCCUGCCCUUCAGGUGGUUCGAGUAUCUGAAGGAGAGCAGGUCUGUGGCGGCUCCAGUGAACCUCUUCAACAAGCACGUCCCCAACCACGGUUUCCGUCCCGGCAUGAAGCUGGAGGCCGUGGACCUCAUGGAGCCCCGGCUGGUCUGCGUCGCCACGGUGACCCGCAUCGUCCACCGGUUGCUACGGAUACACUUUGACGGCUGGGAGGACGAGUACGACCAAUGGGUGGACUGCGAGUCACCUGACCUGUACCCGGUGGGCUGGUGUCAGCUGACCGGGUACCAGCUGCAGCCUCCUGCUGUUACUGCAGGCUCCAGAGAUCUACAGUCAGCAUCCAAACAGAGGAAGAAGUCUCAGCAGUACAAGGGACAGAAGAAAAAGAGGAAGUUGCCCGUUGCUAAGCGACCCAUCAGCCUCUCCGGCGCCGUGGUAACGGGCGUCCCCAGGAGCCUAUCAGGAGACGAGAAUGAGACGUCGCCCAAUUACCCAUCACCCCCUACUCCGGCCUCAGCAGCCCCAGAGAGCAGCCCCAACACUGAGGGGGGGCAGGUACCUUCACAGAUUAAAGAGGAGAACAUGGAGUUUUCUUCUGAAAGGACUGAAACAGAAACCAACGGAUCUUCUGGAGAGUUCUUCACCGACCAGCACCAGUAGGCCUCAUCCAUAACUCUGUUAUUAUGAGUUAUUAUAUCCAUAGCUCUGUUAUUAUGGGUUAUUAUAUCCAUAACUCUGUUAUUAUGGGUUUAAAUCCUCAUCAGACUCAUCUGACUGAAUCACAUUCUGUUUCUUCUGUUUUUCUUUGGACACACCUUAAACCUGCUUCACAUUAUAAGCUCAAUGAUGCACUUUGCUUCAGGGAAAAAACUUUUCUUUUAGAUUUAGUGAACAAGACAUGUUCACCUUUAGCGUCUUUCAUCUCAUACAGGGUUUCUCUCCUCAGGCUUUGAACGAGGCUCAUUAGGUUCAGACGGUGUUGAAACCUUGUAGUCGGGUUUAUAGCGUCUAUUUAGGACAAAGUCAUUUAAUAACUCACAUGGAUGUUUUAUUCUAGUGCUUAUUUUAGGAUCAUUAUAUUUAAAUAAGAAAGAUACACAAAGAAUAGCAGAAUAAAAGCUCAUUUUCUAAUCAACUGGUUUUUUAAAGAUUAUUUAUGAGCUGUAAUCUUUUUUGUUUGAUUUGAGCAUUAAUGCUGGUCCGAGCAGGAACUUCUUCGUUUCCAAAACUCCCGCUCAACAUCUCCAUGUCUUGGUUUUCUCAACAACAUAAAUGUCAGUCUUAAUUCUGGUGCUGUCCGAAAUCUCACAGCUCCAGUAGACUCUUCUGACUGAGCAACAAGAACCAGAAUACAGAAACGUGAACGGAUAAAGACGCGUUAUUCAUCUCUGGUUCCUCUGAGAAAAAGAAAAACAAUCAACGAAGGGAAGGAAAGUUUUCUAUGACGACUUUUUCAACGCCAACAUCUUUGUUGUUUGUUCGUGUUUAAGGGUCGGAACUGUUGCGCAUGUAAUUAUUAUUAUAAUAAUAAUACUGGAUGCUGUGUAAUGUCAUGUUGAGAUUAGCAGUCAUUUAAAAAAAUGUUGUGUGUUAA